AGAAAUAGCAGAGCUUCCAAACCUAUCCAGGGAGGACUCUGUUUGUCCAUCCAUCUUCAGUGGGGCCACAGUGGUGACUUACAAGGACAAAGUCUGUGAGAAAGAGACCCUGCUCAUCCAGAGGCUGCAAGAAGAGGCCCGAGUUUGAGAUCCCAGCCUCGUGCGUGCAUCAGGUGCAGUUCUUUCUUCCGCAUUCCCGUGGAAGCUCACAUGGACAGAGCCGCAUAAUCAGAAAGGCUUACCCGGAGGACUUCUACGUGAGGAUGAUGGAUGAAUGCUACCAGACGUGGGCCCAGCUGGAGCGCGAGGCGGGAACCCAACUGCACAGGCAGACUGAGCUCUUGUUGCUGGGAAUGAAGGAGAAUCCAGAAUUGAAAACAAUCCAGGCCACUCUGUCCAGGCAGGGGAUCGAGCAUGAGUGUCUUUCAUCAGCGGAUUUAAAGCAACGUUUCCCAAACAUUCGGUUCACCGGGGGAGAAGUGGGGCUCUUGGACAAGACCGGAGGUGUUCUCUAUGCAGACAAGGCCCUCAGAGCCCUCCAGCAUGUAAUUCGCCAGCUCGGAGGCACGGUGUGUGACGGAGAGAAGGUGGUAGAGAUAACACCUGGUCUACCUGUCACAGUGAAAACCGCCUUGAGAAGCUAUCAAGCCAACACCUUGGUCAUCACUGCUGGUCCUUGGACCAACCGAGUUCUCCGUCCCCUGGGAAUUGAGUUGCCUCUCCAGACCCUUAGGAUCAAUGUGUAUUACUGGCGAGAGAAGGUCUCUGGGAGCUACAGUGUAUCACAGGCUUUCCCAUGUAUUCUGAGUCUGGGCCAGGCUCCCCACCACAUCUAUGGACUUCCAGCAUCAGAGUACCCAGGGCUGAUGAAGAUCGGCUAUCACCAUGGUGACAGUGUGGACCCAGAGGAGCGGGACUGCCCCACAACCUCCUCAGACAUCCAAGACGUUCAGAUUCUAUGCCACUUUGUCAGAGAGCACAUGCCAGGCCUCCAACCCGAGCCAGACAUCAUGGAGCGCUGUAUGUACACGAACACGCCUGAUAAGCACUUCAUUCUUGAUUGUCACCCGAAGUAUGGCAACAUUGUCAUCGGUGCUGGAUUCUCUGGGCACGGAUUCAAGUUGGCCCCCGUUGUGGGCAAGAUCCUCUAUGAGCUAAGCAUGAAAUUACCACCAUCUUAUGACCUGGCACCGUUUCGGAUAAGCCGCUUCUCUACAUUGAGCAAAGCCCACCUUUGACCCCAGCUGACUCUCUCCCGCGGGGGGACAGCCCUCAUGGGGAUGACUUCUGGGAGAAGGAAGUGGCCUUGCCAUGUUUCCGUUCCGUCUGCUUCUGUAAACACCAAAUGAUUGACCCUCUUUUCACAGUCAUCCUCCCUUCCCAUCCUCAGAAAAUCAGCCAGAGACUCACCAUCACAGACCAGCAAGGAGCUUACCGAGAUGGGCUCAGUACGCUAAGGGGCUCCUUAAAUUUCUCUUUGCUGGGACGUUGGAUGAACUUGAGCAUGCUCUAAUAAAUGAAUAUUUGCCAGAAAGAAAAUGUUGCUGAAAAAAUAAACUGCAUUGCACAAUG